UCUACAUCAAGAACUUGCUGACACACCCAACAAUCACCAGCAGCAGCCGCCAGAAGCAAUCGCACCAACCAACCGACCAAUCCAGACCAUCAACCACACGAAGAUGAGCGCGCACCGCCGUGCCACGCACGCUGGGAGCUGGUACACAGACGAUGGCAAAGAGCUGUCUGGACAACUGGACGCUUGGCUUGGAAAAGUUGGAGAAGCCAUCAUGCCUGGCGCUCGUGCCAUCAUCGCCCCUCACGCCGGCUACUCCUAUUCCGGCCCAACAGCAGCCUACGCCUACAAACAGAUUGUCCCAGACAAUGUGCGCCGGGUGUUCGUGCUCGGGCCGUCGCAUCAUGUGUACAUCCAAGGCUGUGCACUGACGUCGACCACAACAUACGACACGCCCAUCGGCAACCUCAAGAUUGACAGGGACACAAACAAAGACCUCGAGGCAACCGGCCAGUUUGAACACAUGGACAUUCAAACUGAUGAGGAUGAGCACAGCAUUGAGAUGCACCUGCCAUACGUUGCCAAGGUGAUGGAGGGCAAGGACUUUACGGUUGUGCCCGUGCUUGUUGGCGCCCUGGACAGCAAGCUCGAGCAAGAGUACGGCAAGAUCUUUGCACCGUAUCUGGAGGAUCCAAGCAACCUCUUUGUCAUCAGCUCCGACUUUUGUCACUGGGGCCGCCGCUUCGGCUACACAUAUGUACCGCCGGGGCACGACGCCAUUUACAAGGGCAUCGAGCACCUCGACAAGCAGGGGAUGGACAUUAUCGAGAAGCAGGACGCCAAGGGGUUCCGCGCAUACCUCCAGGAGUGCGAGAACACCAUUUGUGGCCGUAACCCAAUCUCCAUCCUCCUCAACGCGCUGCAAGUGCUCAAGGAUCGCCAGAAGGAGGUCAAGUUCCUGCACUAUGCCCAGUCCAACCCGUGCAAGUCCACCCGUGACAGCAGCGUCAGUUAUGCCUCUGCUGCCGUCCUCAUCUCCUGAAUGCGGACACACUCACUCACUCACACUCACUCACACUCACCCACUUAACAAGCAUUGCGUACGUCGCACGUUAUCCAUGCCUCCCCCCCCCCUACUUGACACACACACACACACACACACACACCCCCACACACACACACACACACACACACAUAAGCACGGAUGUGCCCGACGCAACCGCGACGUGUGUCCCAUCACACGACGUUAUGUUUGCUUUAUUGGCAACGACCAAUAACAAAGUCCCCC